UUAAGCUCACAAAUAAUCAAACACAAGGUGAAAAGAUUAUCAUCAUCUUCUUCAUCUUCAACACACAUAGAUCAUCCAGAAAAAGAAAAAGAAAAAAAAGAGAAAACUAGGGCAUGGCUACCUGCAACAUGGCAUCAGCUGCAACUGGGAUUGUUCUAACUCUGAGCUCCAACACAGCCACCACAUCAUCAUCAUCUUCCACCAGGACAAACUUGUCCUUCUCUCUCAAGAACCCUAUUACUACUACUACUACUACUUCUGCAGCUUCUAGAAAGCUGGUAACUGUCCGUGCCGCCAGUGAUGAAGAAACACCUGCUAAGACAGAGGCGCCAGCAGAGGCUAAGGCAGCCCCUAAACCACCACCCAUUGGACCUAAGAGAGGUGCAAAGGUGCGGAUCCUGAGGAGGGAAUCCUAUUGGUUCAAGGGAGUUGGGUCUGUGGUAGCAGUUGAUCAGGAUCCAAAGACAAGAUACCCAGUUGUGGUUAGGUUCAACAAGGUUAACUACGCCAACGUAUCCACCAACAACUAUGCUUUGGACGAGGUUCAAGAACUAGACUAAAAAAGACCCUGUCUACUUUACUAUUCAAAUUGUUCUUCUUUUGAGUUGUGUCAUUCUCUACUACUUCUUUGUAAACACCAACAGCUGUUUUUCUUCUAUCAAUCUCCCCCUCUUUUCCCA